AAUGGUGUGUCAGACGGGGAAGUGUUUGCAUAAAAAGCAAUUUAAACAAAAAUGUGUGAACUGUAUCUUAGAGUUCUUAUUGUUUUUAUUUUGUAAUUGUUAUCGUAGAAAAGAGGUAGAAAACAUUUGCAAAUCUUUAAUCUUAACUAUCUAACGUGAAAUUCUCGUUUACUAGGAAUUGAAAAACAAAAAUAUAGUCACUAAAAUUUGUGAUCUGUCGUCGUUUUAUAUAUAACACUUUCCUUUGCGAUAAAUUAUGAACACUUAUUAAUAAUUCGAGUGUACUCGUUUUUUUUGCACAACUAUUACUAUAAAAGCAUAAUAAAGUAAUUAGAAGUGUUGUUUUCGUUAAAACCUGUGUAAAUUCAUUUGUGUUACAUUGAAACUUGACGAUUGUUUUGACCCGGGAGUAUUUCCUCAUUAGAAUGAUCAUCCUGGAACAACAGUUGCGCGCACGCACUAUUGCCAGAAACGAAAUGGAACAGAAUCUACAACUUAUGUGCGAUUGCCGACAGCAAUACUGAAUAUAUUGCUGUUUCAAUUCAAAAUAAAUAGAUACAUAUAUAUUGUUGAUGAGAAAAGAAUACUUUGUGUGUGUUUCGUACUGAUUUGUACGAAAGUUAUUUAUUGACUAAAAGACUGGAGUUUGAAUUUUAUUAUAUUAUGAUAUGAAAAAAAAACAACUUUCUACAGUGUACUAAUCGGAUUUACUCCUUGUGUUCUUUUUAAAAAACCAAAUUGUAAUUUGGUUGUCUAAUUUUUUCAACACAUUAUAGAAGGAGUGUCUACUCUCUUUGUGGAACUUGGAACAUUUUUUCAAGAUAUGUUUUGAAUAAAAGCCAAACAAUUGGAAUCUGAUACUUUUCUUUUUGGGGGGUUUAUUUACUUUUAUGCAACCUGAUGCACCUGUUGACGCAGAAUUCUUCAAAAUCAACAUCUAUCAUCGGCGACAAUUUUCUCCUUCUUUUUAUUAAAGAUAUACUUCUGAUUUAACUAACAAUUGUUUGCCCGCCAUAGGACGGGUUAUGUUUCCCACUUUCAUUGGCAUUUUAGACAUUCAAUCAUGGUGGGAGGUGCCCAGUAUAGCGCACUUCUGCUCCUUAUUUAGAGACGCCUUCAAUCUUCUGGACUUUGAUAUCGAGGAUUUAGAAGAAGCAUUAUUAUCCGAUAAUGGGACAGAUGAUCAUCUUCUACAAGAAUUAAUUGUGAAAUUACUGGAAGGCUGUUUACCGGACGAUACUAAAAAUGACAUUUCCACAUUUAACUAUCAGAUGUUCCUACGUAGAUUAUUCCGAAAGAAAUGUCAGGAAUACAAGUACGAGAAUCCUUUUAAUACAGACGUAGAUUUUGAACUGUUACCACUUCGUCAAAAGGUUGAGAUACUUCGAGCACUUUGUGACUUCAGGCUCGAUACUGAAAACGUAGAACAAUCUUUGAGUAACUUGGAUGCUAAUAGUUUGCGAGUGGAACCCUUAGGUCAUGAUCGUAAGAAUUCUGCCUAUUGGUAUUUCUACGGCACUAGAUUGUACAGGGAGGAUUACGUCAAUAAUAUCAAUUCACCUAUUCAGAAAUCGAGUGGUAGGUCAAAAGAUAAAAAGCGUAAAAGACGACAAAACAGAGUGGUUAAGGAGGAAGAGAAGGAAGAGGAGACGGAGGAGGAAAUUUGCUUAAACUUCGAAGAAAGAGAACACGUGAAGAAAAAAAGUAUUUGGCAAGUAGUUUGUUUCACACAACAAGAUUGGAGCCGACUUGUCGAUAAAUUAAAAAAUUCUGAAUACGAUACAGAGAGAAAGUUGUUUCGAACAUUAUCUGAAGACUUUAUGCCAGAGAUUCCAAAACUUUUUGAUCUAAAAGAAAAGCAACAAAGACAUAAACUUUUACAACGUAACAACUCUCGAUCUCUUCGAAGUCACGAACCUGAUCAUAAUCUUGAACUUGAACCAAAUCCCCAAUCUAAAUCUGCUAUUCAACCAACAAUGAGUAAAAUGAAAGUUAAGUCGAAAAUAGAAAAAGAAUCUAAAAAGAGUAAAAUUUAUAAUUUGAAAAAUGCUAACAUUGAAGAAAAUGUACCUCUGCCAGUUUCUCAACCAAUUCAAAAAAAGGGUAGACAAACAAAUAAUUCUCUGGCCUCUGCGGUUGGACAAAUUCUUAUUGAUACAAGAGACGAAUCACUAGAUUUAGUAAAUAAAAAAGGUAACACUAGAUCCUCCGAUAAUUACUCUUCUAUAGGGUAUAAUAACAUUUCGUUUGGAAUAGAGGAAGAGGAACGUCGAGUGGGAAUGCAUAAAGUUCUUGAAAGUGUCAAAGAUCAUGAUGAAGCUUGGCCUUUUGUUGAUCCUGUUGACGAGGAAUAUGCUCCAAGAUAUUACAGCGUUGUUCGACGACCAAUGGAUCUGAGUAAAAUGGAAGAGAAACUUGAAAAUGGUUGUUAUAAAAAUCAACGACAAUUUAAAAAAGAUUUUUGCCUUAUUGUUGAUAACUGUAGACAAUAUAAUGGAUCUGAAAAUGAGUAUACAGAAAUGGCAAUUAACCUUAAAGAAGUGUUUGAUCGAGCAAUUAGUCGAUAUCUCGAUUCAGAAAUAUCGAGUGAGGAUGAUUCAUCGUCGAAUGUAAAACAUGUAUCUACAUCAACAGUUAAUACGCAACGGGUUUUUUCAUUAUCUUCACCUGAACACAAUCAACGUAAACGAUUUCGAAAAUCCAGUAAGAAAUCUAAGUCAAGUAAAUUUAGUAAAAGAGUGAAUCAAAAAAAUUAUAAAGAAGAUUCUUUAAAAGAUGAAUCUGAUUCAGAUACAGUAAAGAGUAAAAAGGUUAAAAAGAAAUCAAAGAAAUUAAAAAAGAAAAUAAAAGUUGAAGACCAUGACGAUGAUGAAGAGGAAGAAGAAGAAAAAGAAGAAAAAAAAGAAAAUGUAAAAACGAAUGUGAGUGAUGGUGCAAUUUCUGUCAGCAAUUUGAUAAAGUCUAAAAGAAAAAAAUGUGUUGAUGUAAAUAGGUCAGUUGCAAAAAAUAUAAAAUCAUCAUCUGAAGAUGAGAAAAUUGAAGAUGAGAUAAAAAAUAGUAAAAAAAAUGUAAGAGAGCAUCGGCAAGAAAAACAUGCCAAAGAUAUAAUUAAUUUAUCAAAAAAUUUAAAGGCUAAUAGAAAAAGAAAGGAAAAUUUUGAAGAAGACUGUGAUGUUGAUUGUUCUAAAAAUAAGAUUAGAAAAAUUGAAAAUCAAGAUAUUAAAGAUUCUGAGUCAUUAAUAACAAGAAUGAAGAAAAUCAAACAAAAACAUGAUAGAUCUCAGGAAAAAAAUAAAAUGAUACAAAAUUUAAAAAAGAGUUCACUGAAAGAAAAUAAAAGUUACAAAAAAGAUAAGAAAGAAGUUAAUUGUAACCUUAAAAAACAUGAAGUAAAAAAUAAAACCAAAGAUAAAAACAUAAAAAAGAAGAAGAAAACAGGUAACGAACGAUCGAAAAAUGUCGAUUUGGAAAAUAAUUCAGAAUCAUCGAAAGUUGAACAUUUGAAAGACGUUGAGAAAGCAGAUGCUAUUUCUAUGAAACUUGCGUCCCUGGUAAAUAAUAAGGAUUUGGAGUCUUUGGAUAGUCUUAAAGACAAAAUCAGCGAAAGGCGGAGGGAGGAAAAAUUUAAAUUGGAUCGCAAAAAAGAAAAGAAAUCAAAGUCUGAUGGAUUUAUCUUGUCUGGAAAAAAAGUGCCUUCUAGUAGUAAUGUGUUUCAGAAUAGUAAUAAAGUUAAUUCAAAAAAUGGUAAACCAAGGAAAGUUGUUAAAGAUGAAAAAUUAUUAAUAGCCAACACAAAAACUCAUCAUUCAGAAAUGAAUAAGAAAAAGAAACUGAAAGUUGUACAAACGAAACAUUCUAAACAGAAAGAGGAGACUCCAGCAAUUCAAGCUUUGAAUCAAGCAACAGAACAAACGCUUAAUGAUAUUAACAAAUGGUUGGAUGAUGCUCCACGUUUAUCUGAAUUUUCUUCAGGCAGCGAAUCACCUGUACUUCUUCCUUCAACAAGCGAUGCUAGUCGAUCAGCUGUCAAACAAGAUACAUCUCGGAAGCGAGGACAGUCAAUGAAAAUUUUUGGAUCUCAUUCUCAAAUCAGGCAGAAAAAGAUACAAAGAACAAUUGACCGAUUGCAACCAGGUAAAAGUAAAGGAAAUUUAUUAUUAAAAAAACCUCGUAACUUGCCAAGUGGAAAUCCAACAGAUAAAGACGGAGUUGUAAAUAAUACAACAGUUGAUAUUGUAAAACCGAAACGUGACUCCGAUGAUGAACCAAAAUUAAGUCUUGGAUCAGUUCUCAAAAACACUGAUUCUAUUCAGUCAUUUUGUAAGAAUUUAGUUUGUUCUCCCAAUCCGAAUUUAUCUAAUGAAGACGAAGACAUAGACAAUGGUUCUUCAACAUCUUUUGCCACAAAAGAGGAUCAACAAUUAGUAACAAAUGAAAUCGUUGAAACUCCAUCAUCCUCUGAAACUGUUAAAGAAAAUUUACCAUUACCUAAUGAUCCUCAAAAACUGAAGUCUUCAACACCUAAUUUGAGUGCGUGGUUUAAAGCGUUUGGUGCUCCAAAGUCCAAAAGAAAGGAUGAAGAUGUUGAAGAGUCGCAAAGCAAUUUUAAAAAAGACAGCGAAUUACCAGAAGUUGGCGUAAGACAAAGAAGAAUGAGUACCGGUGGUAGUAGCGUUAGUGAAUCUAUUUCAAGUUUCUCUCAAGAAUCACCACCUGCACGUUCAGUUCAUUCACCUCAAAAUACACAAGUCUUAAUACCGUCAACCGAACCACCAAUUCGCGGUGCUGGAUUUUAUCAAGAUGCUUUAAAUACUGGUACUAGUCCUUACAACAGUCCGUAUUACGCUACUCCACCUCGGUACAGUGCUCAACUUCCUCCCACUCCAUCACCUCAAAAUCAUACUUUAUCUCCAGUUUAUCCUUCUCCUGUCACCUUCGAACAAUCAUCUCUCUAUUCGAAAAAUAAUCACACAAACUAUCAAAAAACAUCUCCACAAGCAAGUCCAAACGAAUCGUUCUCGCCUUCAUUUCCACAAUCAUCUCCUCAACAGUCAUUUUCUCAAAAUUCUCCUCAGAAUACGCCAUUCCCUCAAAAUCAAUCUCCUGUUUAUCCUCAACAAUCGCCUCAACCUAUACACUCUCCUUAUCCACAACCUUCGCCGCAAGCUCCUUCUUCAAAUUAUUCACAACCUUCUCCUCAACAACCGCCAACUCCAAUUUACUCACAACCUUCACCUCAACAAACACCAAUUUAUUCUCAACCUUCACCUCAACAACCACCAACACCGAUUUAUUCGCAACCUUCUCCUCAACAAAGCAAUAAUAAUUAUUCUCAACCGUCUCCUCAAUCAAUCAAUUACUCACAACCAUCGCCACAGCAACCAAAUUCACCUUAUUCGCAACCGUCACCACAAUCAAUACAAAACUUUUCUCAACCAUCACCUCAGCAUCAAUUGUCUCCUUAUUCUCAACCUUCAACACCUCAAAAUCAAAAUUAUUCUCAAUUGUCUCCUCAACCGCCUCCUGUCAGUUAUUCCAAACCUUCUCCACAGCUUCCACCAAACUAUCAACAACUUUCACCACAGGCACCGACUUCUUAUUCUCAACCGUCUCCACAGUCUCAAAAUUAUUCUCAAACAUCGCCUCAACAAAGUUUUAAAAACUCGAAAGAUUCUCCCCAACUGGCAACAAAUUACUCACAACCAACUCAACCUGCGACUUAUUCUCAAACAUCAUCUCAGCAAUUGCCACCAUCUUACGUUCAACAACCUAAGCAAACAUCAAGCAAUUAUUCUCAACAGUCGCCCAAUCAUCAAAGUAAUUAUUCCUAUCCCUCGCCACAGACAGUGCAAAGUCCACAUUUUCCACAAGUAUCUCAACAACAGCAACAACAACAACAACAACAACAACAAAGUACGACUUUUGAAGCGGCGAAAGACGUUGAUCAAAAUUAUAGCCGUACAUCAAAUACAUAUCCGCCUAACUAUAAACAACCUUAUUUGGAAACUUCUGCCACUGGAUCCAAUACUCUGCCUGAUAAUAAUAGAAGAUUAGAUUUCCAUAAAGAAGAAAAAGUUCCCGAGCAAAGAACAUUUACCACUCAAGAUACAGGAUUGAAUCAAAACUUUCAGCCAAAUCAAUUCCCAACUUAUGAGAAUAGUUUCAAUGAGAGAAUAGCCGGACAAGCGGAAAUUCAAAUCAGAAAUCAGGAGCAACAACAACGUGUCCCACAACCCCAGGAACAAUCACAACUUUUGAAUUUUCAACAGAAUUUAUCACAUGAAGUUUAUCAAACUAGUUUUCAAUCAUCUUUUCCAAUAUCAAAUACUUCAUGUAGAACCCUAUAUCCAGGGAGUCAUUAUUUCGAAUCAAAUCUUGUAAAAAGUACAGUUGCCAACAAUAAUUUAACAAAUAAGAAAAGAACAUACAGUGAUUUGACAACGUCAAACGAUUCUAAUCGUCUUCCUCAAGAAACACGACCAAGUCAAGAGCAAUUUGCCUUUGACAUUAUGAUGCCUUUCCCCGCUGAAUCUGAAACUCAAGCCGCAAGUCAAUUUGAUUCCACUUACAGUAGUUUGGAAUCAGCCCCAUAUUCAAGAUUAGGACUUGGAUUAAUUGGUCGAGCAACAAAAGAACAACAACAACUACUUACAAUUCCUCGGCCACCAACGAAACCCGAAACUAUUUCUUAUCGUGGUUCGGGGAAUUCAGAUCUGAGCCUUUUGCAAAGUCUUCAAAAUGUCGCGAAAAAUACACAGGGAAUGCUACCAAUUUCACGUUCUCGAGACCCAACAACCACAGCGACGACGACUGUUGCGCCAACGGUAAAAAGUAAGAAAGGUCGAAAGAGUAAAGCUGCCGUCGCAGCCGCUGCCGCUGCUACUGCACUGGAACAACAAGGAAGUAGUUUUGCACAAUAUUCAGGAAAUCCAGAUCCAAUUGGAUUGAAAAAUCCUGUCACACCCGGGGGAAGUGCAUUUAAUUUUGCAUCAACAACAGGAGCGUCAAAUAGUUCGCCAUUCUAUGAUAAGGAUUCAUCGGCAGCUGCCGCUGCUUAUGUUUUUCUUGAUGAAUUUCGUAAUCCUAAUAGCUAUUACAGUAUGGCUUUUAGACAACAACAACAGCAGCAACAGCAACAGCAGCAGCAGCAACAACAACAACAGCAACAACAACCACAGCCAACACCUCCUGUAACCGAUUCAGGCCAACAGUCAUGUAACAAAUUAAGUACUCAACAUCCAAGGAAUUACUCCACACAUCCUUUUCUUCAUACGCAGCGUACUGCCCCUUAUGGUCCAUCAGUACCAACUUACGUUACACCACAUGGUCCAAAUCUUGGUGUCGAUCCGUUUCAGCAGUAUUUACAUUCUUUUUAUGCUCUUCAACAACCACCACAUCAUCACAGGCCAUCUUGGCUUUAGCUAAACAAAAAUCAACAAUUUACAAUUUUCAGAAAGUGAAAUAUUUGAAAAAAAGGAAUUCUUGCAUUUGUAGUUAUAUUUUGUGCAAUGAUCUCUUUUUUGUCUCUGUAUAAAAAAAUUAGCGACAAAUAUUAUAUAAACGAUUUUGAUCUAA